AUGGCGGAGGUGGAAGUAGAGGAGAGGGCCGCCUCCCCCCUGCCUGGGGAGGUAGGAUAUGCGGAGCGCGUGCGAGCCGCCCUCGACGCGAGCCCAAAGCCGAGCACUCCGCAGGAGUACAAUCUCACCGAAGCUGCUUUUUGGCGUCAUCGCCAUGUGCCGGCUGGGUCGGUGAUAGAAUUCACCUCGCUGGGGGAAGACGGCGCGUCACCCGAAGGCCUGGUUGCGCUUCAAGUGCUCUCCAUGGAGUCGGACCUCGACGGAAUCUGGCUCGAAGUCAGGGUGCUUGGCGCCGAACACGACGAAGUCAAGAAGGAUAUGCAGAAGUACUUCAAGAGCAAUCGUCGUCAGGUACAUCUUUGCGAACACACCUCAACGGGGCAAUGCAAGCUGGCUGCAGAGCCGGGCUGGCACCUCACCGAGUUCAAGUGGUACCCGGCGGGCGACUACGUGGCUCCCUUCCUGUCCGCACACGCGAGGAAGAAGGUAAAAGAGGGCCCACGGAUGGAGAUGGAGGCAACAGGCCGCUCAGGCCGCAAAUCCGCGGCAGCAGACAACGGGGCUCCGGCCCCGCCAAGCCUGACCGAGAAGCGGCUGGAUGCUCUGCGGGGCGCCUCAAGGCGCGUUACCUUUGGCGACCUGGGGGCGCCAGCUCCAUCGUCACUGCCACCCGCUGGCGGUCCGGAUGGACGCCGGGCUGGGAUCUUGAGGAAGCCAGGGGCAGGAUCUGCUGCGCUGGCACUCUGCCCGGCGAACGGGGACAAGGUGAAGACGGAGACCAUAGACCUGACCUCCAGUCGGGACCGCUCGGAGUCAGCCUCUCGGCGGAGGAAGCGCAAGAGCGUGGGCGUUGCGCUGGCCAAAGCGGCCGCGACGCAACAGCAGGUGGCCGCGAAGAAGGAGAAGAGCAGGAGCGGCAAGAAGAAAAAGAAGAAGCGCCGCAAGAAGAGGAAGAGCAGCGACGAGGAGGACACCGACUACAGCUCAUCCAGCGAGAGCAGCUCACUGCUGCCGCCUCUCAAGAGGCGUUCGCAGAAGGAGCCAGGUUCAGUUCUACGGCUCCUGGAGGCUCAAGCCUACGAGUUCUUGGCCAAGGACGGCGUUGUGGACGCUUUGGAAGACGAUGCAGAUUCCAGCCCGUGCAACGCCCAAAGCUGGCUCAUUGCAGUGGAAACGGCGACACGCCAGGGCUGGCCGGUGGCGCGGCACCUGGAGAUAGCGACCAACGAGGAGGAGGGCACGGCCCCGGCCCACAUCUUGCUGGCAGCUCAGCGCCAUGGCAAGCAAGUGGAGAAAGCCGGGGGGAAGGGCAGCUGGAGAUGCCGGCGAGGGCAAGAAGACCACGGAGGGGGCGCCGUGAUUGGACCCCUGCCUAUGGCGCUUGCCGACUCGGCUGAGGGCGAGCAAGCAGUGGAUGGCGGCCGCAUUAGCGCUGAGGCAGUUUGUGGUGCCUCUAGCGAGGAUUGUCGCGCUGGCUCGAUGCAGCCGUGCGCGGACCUUGAUGGUAAUUCAGAUUGCACGUUUACAGCGACAGCGGUUGCCGAGGAAAUCUCGCCUCAGGCAAUGGCUGACCGUAAUUCGAAUCGCACGCUUACAGAAGCAGUGGCCGCUGAGGUGAACUUACCUCAGGCGGCGGCUGAUUAUGAGGGGUGGCUUUUUAACCUGGGCCAGGUAGACAACUUGAAGCAGUUUGGAAUACUACUGGCAUGGGGCGUCCGCGAAGGCUUUUCUCUGCUUUCCCUUCCGAGUGCUGGACCCCAACAGCUUGCCGGCCGAAAGGCCCAUAGCGGCGAGUUGUUUCCCCUGCCGGUAAUCUGGCCCAGUGAUUUCUCCCGGACCUGGCGUGACAACUACGCGUCCUGUAGUUUAGAUUUUUCUGUGGAAUGUUGGGUGGCAUGUACAGCUAUAGCCCUCAACGAUUUGUAUGGCUGUUCGGCGCACCUGACUGAGCGUCGGCCCGGAAAAGUUCAUGCGGCGGCCCUUGGAAACCUGAGGGACAAGGUCAAACGGUUUUUGUUAGGUGAAGGUAGUAGGGAUUUUUCUUUUGAACAGGUUGUAGCUGACCUGAAGGAAAAGAGGGUCAGCUACACGGGAGAAGAGGUCUCAAGACCCAUCUGUCUUACAGCAGAACAGAUACAACAGAGCUUGCCCCCCCGGGGGCACGGAGGUAGCAUUCCUGUGACUCGGUUUCUCCGGGGGAGGACUAAACAUUUGAUGGAGAACCCGCUGGAAAGCCUGUUGCCGCUGCGCGAAAGGAAUACUGGACCCAUGCAAGCCAAGGUACAUAUCGAAAAAGGAGCCGAAAUGGCAGUGUUUGAACUCCUUGACGAGCGGGGCGUUAUUACCUGGCUCCCAGAGUCCGAGGUUUUUCGAGACGAGACGGGGGAGUGUUUGAAUGGGUUGUUCGGGGUGGUAAAACAAGGCAUCAUGCAGCAGCUCAGCCGUGAGAUUCUGUUGACCCAGGGCCUACCUGGUGAGCUGGAGCUCCAUAAAGGGACUCCGGCUCCCGUAUGGUUCACUAGGACCAUAGCUGAGGCCAGCGAGGCUCGUGCUUGGUGGCAAGUCUACUUGGACAAUUUCAUGUCGGCGGAGUGCAGCGAGGGCACCUAUGAAGGACUGGAUGCGUCCCUGCAGGGCAAAGCCAUGUCUGCGUGGCACGCUACGGGCGUAUUGACAGCUGAUGACAAGCAGGUCAUCUCGGCUGCAACCGCGGUGGAACUGGGCAUUCGCCUCGACGGUCGUCUCGGGUUGUUGGGUGCGUCCCCCGAGAGACUGUUUAAGACUGCGCUGGCCACGGUGCACGUGCUGCAGAAGCAUGGAGGCAGCGUGAAGGACGCCCAAAUCAUCCUGGGACGCUGGGUGUUCAUCUUGCAAUUCCGGAGGGCGGCAAUGGCGGUGCUGUCGCACUCCUGGGAAGCUAUUGAGACACCCUGGGCGUCCAAGUCGAAGGUCAAUUUGAUGCUGAAAGAGCUUCAAAUGCUGCUGUGCUUAGGUCCGGUCAUCCAGACCGACAUGCGGUGCGAGUAUGACGACAUGGUCACCUGCUCCGACGCGUCGGAAACUGGGGGCGCCGCAGCCCGUAGUGCUGGAUUGAGCUGGUCAGGCCACUCGCUGACCAAUGCUCUCCAAAACAGAGGCCGGCAGCCCAUCCUUUGCCCUAUAUUGGUGGUAUCACUCUUCAACGGGGUCGGCGGCGCGUUCCGCAUAUAUGACAUCCUCGGUGUCCGUCCCCUGGGAAAGAUCGCCGUGGAAAUCAACAAGGAGGCGUCACGAGUGACUAGGACCGCCUGGCCCGAUGUUGAAGAGUAUCUGGAUGUCAACUUGCUGACAAAGGACGACGUGCGGGCUUGGGCAAACAGGCAAAACCUAGCUGGUCAAGGGUCGAAUCUCUUUUGGAAACUUCUGACCGUGCUUGGGUGGAUCCGCGAGGUGUUCGGUAUCACCGCUCGCGUGAAAUGCUGCAUUGAAAAUGUGGCCUCUAUGGAUGAAGCUGCCCGCAGGGAGAUCAGUGCGGAGUUGGAUAUCCAGCCCAUUAAGCUGGACCCGGCCGACACCUUGCCGUAUGGGCGGCCACGGUUGGCCUGGUGCUCGGAAGAGCUCUACGCCAUGGAGGACUUGACACUUUGGCAAGAAGGUGACUACAUCCGAGCGUAUGUCCAUGCGGGCACGCUGGAGGAUCACCAAUGGAUUCGGCCUGGGUGGCGCUGGCCCGGUGGUUCUGCGCUGCCGGGAAAGUUCCCAACUUUCAUGAAGAGCAUCCCCCGGAGAGCUCCGCCGCCGUUCCCCGCUGGUCUGGCUAAGACUGAUGCGGAGGCUCGAGGCCGGUGGGAGGCGGAUCAAUUCCGUUUCCCCCCGUAUCAGUACCAAGCGAAGUUCUUGCUGGUACAUGAUACGGCGCCCCCGCGGCUGCUCGACGCUUCUGAACGGGAGCUGCUCCUAGGGCUAGGACCUGGCCACACGGCCAGCUGCAAGUCCGCCUCCGCGGCAAAAGCGAGCUGGACUGCCUAUGAGGAUUGCAGGAAAAGCCAGUGCGGCGACUCCUUUGCAAUCCCCUCCUUCGCAAUAAUGGGGGCAGCGGUGUGUGCGGAGUGGCUACCACGGAUGAAGCCCUCGCACAUUAUCAACCGCAUGGGACUGGCACCAGGAGCCUCUGCCCAUCCGUGCGAGCCAGUCCCGCUGACGCGCUGGUUAGCGUAUGGGCCUGACCCUUCACCCCGCUUUGCCCCUGAUAUUUUGGUGCGCCACCUGGGUCUGCAGGUCAAUCAGACGGGAUCCGAUGUGCGACUGCUGACAGGUGAGCCCAUGAGUCGCCGGGGUGCCCACGGAUCGUUAAGAGCGUGGUGGUGGCAAUGGAAGAACCUUUUCAAGGUGCGGUGGAUCGCCCCAUCCCAUAUUAACUAUCUGGAGAUGAAGAUGAUCCUCCUCACGCUGCUCUGGAAGCUGCGCGAUGUAUCUCGGCUGAACAAGCGCUGGUUGCACUUGGAGGAUAGCAUGGUAUGUCUCUACAUAUUAGCAAAGGGGAGAACCUCCAGCCGUUUGCUCCAGCCCCUGUCCAAAAGGAUUGGGGCCCUGCAGCUGUUUACUGGGGUUAGUGUUCUGCAUGGCCAUGUGACCAGCCUGGAAAAUCCUACGGACAGUGGUAGCCGCGCAUAA